CGAUGGCGGCGGACAGGCCGUACUAGUGAGACAGCGAAAUAAGCGCUGGACACUGUACUUCAUAUCCGUAGAUAAAGCGACCGGCGGACGAUAAAAGAGUACCGCGGAGUGGUCUUUAUCCUCAUCACGGAAAAAGGGUCAUCAAGGAGGAUCUAUUAGAGAGGGGAGUGUAUCACACUGUAGGAGGUUGAACAGCAGGCCGGAGCUGGGGACAUCACACAGCAGUCGCCAUGCAGAUCACUCUGAAGACCCUUCAGCAGCAGACCUUUAAGAUAGACAUCGACGCGGAGGAGACGGUCAAAGCACUGAAAGAAAAGAUUGAACUAGAAAAAGGGAAGGAUGCAUUUCCUGUCGCUGGUCAAAAGUUAAUUUAUGCAGGUAAAAUUCUAAAUGAUGACAUAGCCCUUAAAGAGUAUAAAAUUGACGAGAAGAACUUUGUGGUGGUUAUGGUGACAAAACCAAAAGGUGCAUCAUGUUCUUCGGCUCCAUCUCCAGCAACAUCCCAACCAGCCAGUGCUGCAGCUCCAGCUCCGGCCUCACCCCCCCUUACAUAUACACCAAUUGCCCGACAAAACGCCCCUAUACCCUUGCCUGUUCCUUUCUCUCUACCCACUGUUCCUACUCCUGCUGCACCUAUUUCUGAGCCAUCCACAACCACUGCACCUGAAGAAGAGAAACCUGAAGAGAAAACAGUCAGUCCACCAGAGACAGUGAGUCCCUCAUCAACUGAGUGCAGUUUACCAACGGAUUCUUCUCGGCCAUCUAUUUUCGAAGAUGCCACAAGCGCACUUGUUACAGGUCAAUCAUAUGAAAAUAUGGUAACUGAAAUUAUGUCAAUGGGCUAUGAACGAGAACAAGUAAUUGCUGCCCUUAGAGCAAGUUUUAACAAUCCAGACAGAGCAGUUGAAUACCUUCUGAUGGGAAUUCCUAGUGAUCGUGAAGAUCAGGCAGUUGCAGAACCUCCCGAAGCUCUCAGUAGUACUCCUACUCUUACUCCGCCUCUUACUCAGCCUCUUACUCAGCCUCUUCCAGCUGCGGCAGGUGCAGCUGCAACGACUACUACACCAUCUACACCUUCAACGGGAGGAAAUCCCCUUGAUUUCUUGCAGAAUCAGCCUCAAUUUCAGCAGAUGAGGCAGAUCAUUCAGCAGAAUCCUUCCCUGCUACCAGCACUUCUCCAACAAAUCGGUCGGGAGAAUCCUUCACUACUGCAGCAAAUUAGCCAGCAUCAAGAGCAAUUUAUUCAGAUGUUAAAUGAUCCAGUCCCAGAAGGUGGCAGGGAAGGUGGAGGUGGGAGAGGCGUUGCAGCAGAGGCUGGAAGCGGUCAUAUGAACUACAUCCAAGUCACACCUCAGGAAAAAGAAGCUAUAGAAAGGCUAAAGGCACUAGGAUUCCCUGAAGGACUUGUGAUACAGGCUUAUUUUGCAUGCGAGAAGAAUGAGAAUUUGGCUGCCAACUUCCUCCUACAGCAAAACUUUGACGAUGAUUGAAAAGAAGAGACUGUAUAUUUUUUUGUAUCUCACUUCACACCAGUGCAUUACACUAACUUUGCUCACUGGAUUUACUCGGAUGAUUUGGGUUCAUAUCCACAAUAUUCGGUGUAUGGUAGUAACGGGCGGGUGGGAGGGUUUGGGAAAAAUUAGGUAAUGAAAAUGCAUCCAGCUGCUUUAAUUAAGCAGUAACCGCAAUCCGCUUGUAUCAUAAUACAAAAGAAUUAAAACUAUACAACCAACAUAAA